AGUUACAAUAAUGGGGAAAUCAGAAAGUCAAAUGGAUAUUGUGGAAAAAUCAACAAAAUCUGGGAAGAAAUCCUGGAGCUUUGUGGCAAUUGGUCUGUCUGUCUUGCUGCUCCUCAUGACUUGUGCAGUGGUCGCCCUGGUGAUCCUGUAUGCCAGCAGCAGAGGCACUCACUAUGGCACCAAUUCAGGCAACGAAUGUACUACACCUGGAUGUGUUACAGCAGCUGCUAGAAUAAUUCAGAAUAUGGACCCAACAGCUGACCCUUGCAAGGAUUUCUACCAGUAUGCCUGUGGGGGCUGGCUGAACCGGCAUGUUAUCCCAGAAACUAGCUCCAGAUACAGCAUUUUCGACAUCCUGAGAGACGAGCUGGAGAUCAUCCUAAAAGGUGUGCUGGAGACUUCAGAUCAAGGGGACAGAGAAGCAUUUCAGAAAGCUAAAAUACUUUACAAGUCAUGCAUGAAUGAGAGUCUUAUAGAGCAACGAGAUUCAUUGCCUCUGCUAGAGGCCUUAAUGAUGGUUGGAGAUUGGCCAGUGGCUUCUGCAGACUGGAAUAAGACCAAAGAGCCAAGUUGGAGCAUGGAAGAAAAACUCUCCAUAAUGAACUCCAGAUUUAACAAACGUGUCCUCAUUGACAUGUUUGUAUGGAAUGAUGACCGGGAUUCCAGCAGACACAUCAUUUAUAUUGACCAGCCAAGUUUAGGAAUGCCAUCCAGGGAUUACUACUUUAAUGGGGGCAACUAUCAAAGAGUGAGAGAAGCUUACCUGCAGUUCAUGAUCACCAUUGCCAAAAUGAUCCGGGAAGACAAAAAUAUGUCUAAAGAUGAUUCCUUUGUCCAAGAGGAAAUGACAAAGGUUAUGGAGCUUGAAACAGAGAUUGCAAAUGCAACUACCCCAGCAGAAGAAAGGCAUGAUGUAACCUUGUUGUACAACAAAAUGACUCUAAAAGAGCUACAGGAAAAGUUUGCAUUGAACGAAUUUAACUGGACCAUCUUCAUCCAAGGUGUCAUGUCUUCAGUAGAUGUUCAGGUUGACCCAGAAGAAGAGGUUGUUGUAUAUGGCACACCCUAUCUGCAAGAGCUGAAAGCAAUUAUCUCAAAGUACUCAGCAAGCACCAUCCAGAACUACCUCAUUUGGCGAUUGGUAAUUGAUCGAGUCAGCAGCUUGAGUCGGCGUUUCAGGGAUGCUCGGGCCAGCUACAGGAAGGCACUUUAUGGGACAACGCUGGAAGAAGCCCGCUGGAGGGAGUGUGUGAGUUACGUCAACAACAACAUGGAGAACGCAGUGGGAGCAAUGUAUGUCAGGGAGACAUUUGCUGGUGAGAGCAAGAGGAUGGUCCGAGAUUUAAUAGAUAAGAUUCGCGAAGUGUUCAUUGAGACUUUAGAUGAGCUACAGUGGAUGGAUGAGGCAUCUAAAGAGAAAGCUCAUGAGAAGGCAAUGGCAAUUAAAGAACAAAUUGGCUAUCCAGAUUAUAUUUUGGAAGAUCAGAAUGAAAAACUAGAUCAGGAAUAUGCCAAUUUAAACUUCAGUGAACACAAUUACUUCGAAAACAUUCUGGAAAAUCUGAGAGCUGGAGCCCAAAAGAGCUUGAAAAAGCUUCGAGAGAGAGUUGACCAAGACAUAUGGAUAAUUGGAGCUGCAGUGGUCAAUGCAUUCUAUUCCCCCAAUCGGAACCAGAUAGUUUUUCCUGCUGGGAUUCUACAGCCCCCCUUCUUCAGCAAACACCAACCACAAGCCCUGAACUUCGGAGGGAUCGGGAUGGUUAUUGGGCAUGAAAUUACUCACGGGUUUGAUGACAACGGUAGGAAUUUUGAUAAAGAUGGAAAUAUGUUUGACUGGUGGAGCAAUUUCUCAGCUAUGCGUUUCAAGGAGCAGUCUCGUUGCAUGGUUUAUCAGUAUGGGAACUACACAUGGGAGCUGGCUGGAGGACAAAAUGUCAGUGGAAUAAGCACAUUAGGAGAAAAUAUUGCAGAUAAUGGAGGAGUCCGACAGGCUUAUAAGGCCUACUUAAAAUGGCUGGAAUGGGAAGGGAAGGAGCCAAAGUUGCCUGGACUGAAUCUGUCCCACAAACAGCUUUUCUUCCUCAACUUUGCCCAGGUUUGGUGUGGUUCUUACAGACCAGAAUAUGCUAGCCAGUCAAUAAAGACAGAUGUUCACAGCCCUCUGAAAUACAGGGUGAUGGGAUCUUUGCAGAACUUUGAAGCAUUCUCAGAGGUGUUCCACUGUAAAAAAGGCACAGCCAUGCAUCCUGCAGAGAAAUGCAGAGUGUGGUAACCAAAAAGAACACUGGCGAGAAUGACACAUACUCUGGUGACACAACAAACAGUUCUUGCCAAUGACGUGCCUGAUGUUCUCCCAGUCAGUCACAGCCAAGGCUAAUGGUGCAACUACUGUAGUGAGAAUCAAGGAAACUACAGCACUAAAGCUCGUACAG